UAUAUAUUCUUUUUUUAUUGUGAUCUAACAUCAAUCUAGUAGAUUUUUGCUUACACGAGCUCCAUUUAUUGCAACAAAAUUUUAGUCAGCGUCUGAUCAAACGGACACAUGUCGGUUGAACGUGAACUUCUAUUUAUUGGGCUCCUAUCGGUUAUACAAGCUAUCUGUCGUCGACGAGUUAACAUAAACGAAGUUCUGUGUACUCGAAAGUUUCUAAAUUCUAUGGAUAUUUUCCGAUACUUUUGCGCAUAAGUGUAUCUUCGUGUUUCGAAGACCUACGGAAGCUGCCCGUAAAAGAUGACUAAACAAUUAUUUCUUCCUCGCGGAAUAAAUAAACUCUUUGAUUCGUGCAACAGAAUAACUCAUCCAUGCACGGACGUAGAUCUACUGAAUGUCAGGGACGAAAGCGCGGAGGGAAAUCGCGAUAGGAGUAUCCUGUUGGCGCCUAUGUAGUCUAAUAUCGUGCGCGAUAAUUCAUGCAGAUUUCCCGCGACUUUUGUCAUCUAUCGUUUGUUCUAGUCAGGCGUGUAGAAAAAUCUCGAAAAAACAUUAAAAGGUCAAAGCAAUCCACCUGAACGUUUAAUAGAAGCCACCGUAUGAUCGUCGGAAGGUGUAGCGUUAAAACUUGCAGCGAAUGAUUCGAGCGAAGUCGAGACGUCUAAUUAAUAAAUUGCAGUCGAUGCUGACGUACAAUGGCUGCGCUGGAGGAACGGUGGACACGGAGAACGGUUCUCCAGCGGAGUCAAUAUUGUCCGGCGAAGGAGAACUCGCGGAGGAAGUCGGCGAUUCUUCUGGCACGUCGAGAGACACGGAGGAGGAAGCGACGCUCUCGGAUGAAUUUUAUUCCCAUGACACCGACGAGGAAGAGGACCAAGGCAAGAAAAGGCGAGAUCGCAACAAUUCCCUAGACGGCAUUUCGUCUUCCGGCAGUGGUCACCUCGGUUCACCAACUUCUCGCGUAGGGACUUUGGGAGUUCGAAAGUUAUUCACGAACAGCCGCGAACGUUGGAGACAACAGAAUGUUAGUGGAGCCUUUGCCGAGCUUCGAAAAUUGGUGCCUACUCAUCCACCGGAUAAGAAACUAUCCAAGAAUGAGAUCUUGCGAAUGGCGAUUCGGUACAUACGACUGCUAAGCAACGUUCUGGAAUGGCAAAAGGCGCAAGAACGAAACGAAGUGACGCAACACGAGGUCCGGAUCAAAUGCGAGCCCAACCUUGCCACUCACAAUUCAACGGGCUAUCUCGUAAAAUCCUCGACAUCAUACUUGAAGCAAGAGAAGCAUACAAGCGAGAACCACGCGUACAGAACGAGCUUCAGUAGCCAAAAACAACUACAGCAUCCGAUAUCUCACGUAGUGUGUGAUAAGAACGGAAACAAUUUGUUGAUGAUCGCGCCUUCUGGUCACAGUAUAACAAAUGCUGCGUGCAAAAGAAGCAUGACACCGUCGACGGUCGUUGCACAAAAUCCUCUUCCGCCAACCGCGUUGACCAACGGAAGUUUGACGCGAUCUUUGUCUGGUUCGCGAUCUUCCAGCUUUCCAAAGUCGCCUCAAGUAAACGCUCAGGUCGUAACCAGCUCGAGUAUUCUAACAAAUUGUUCGCCGAGUGUUUCUGUAACGAGUAGCGCGUCCACUAUUAGCGGAAGUGCGGCAAAUUCCGGCCAGAAGAGGCCAAAAAUCGAGAAAGAGGAAGAGGAACAGUUAUCCGGACAAAGCAGAGAUUGUAAAUCUUUGACGUCCUCGGUGCACGGGAUACCAACAAGGAAGAGGGUAAAGAUGUUCGUUAAAGACUCCAGUGCAGGAUUUCGUAGCGAUUUUCGAAAUAUCGAGCGUAAAUAAGAUGGACGAUCGUACGAACUUUUGAAAAUAGCUUUCUUUCGUCAAUUGAAGCUGUUCUUGCAGGGGUGAUCGAUAGAUAUGUUCGAAAGUCCGUAAUUUUAAGAGAUAGCUUCGAUUUCGUUAAAUUAGACCUAAUUUAUUUGUUCGUUUAUGGUUUGAUUUACGGGUUUGUUAGUCGGGAUAGGAUCGUAAGUUGCAAAAUUGUAAGUUUGUUUUUUUAAGUGCAAUCUAGUCUAGAAUAAGUCGUUUUGACAGUACCGUGAGUUUAAGAUACGAAGGAUCGUGAUGUUUCUUCGUGUAAAAUCAAGAUGAUUGAGGUGUCAUCUUUUUUUUUUUUUAAAGAAUAUUUUAUUAGUUAAAUCGCAUUACAUAUUGCUUGUACGGAAUUAGGUACGCUUUUCUUUUACGUUUUACAUUCUGUCGCGAUCGUACAUGAAGUAAUGCAAUGUUUUUCAACGUCGUACAAUAAUUAUUGGAAAUCAAUUUCAUUUGACACUUCAUAAAGGAUAUCGAUUCCUUUGAAAAUCAUGAUUGAAUAGCUGCACACCGUUCGACGAUAUCGUCAUAAAUUAUACUCUUACAAGAAUCCUCCAUAUAUAAAACACCAUUUCCGGCGUACGGCACACAUAUUCAAAAAUUUGACACCGAAUUGUGGCAAAAGGGAGAAUUUCAGGUGCUGGUGAACUUCCAACGACUACGUGUGUAACAUUUGAUUGGAACAACUGUCUUACUAACGACCACGGCCUGACGAAAUAAAUUAUUGAACGUAAAUUUAUCAAA